AUGUUCAAGAAGUCCGCUCUUUUGAUCCUCGCCACUGCUACUUUUGCAGUUGCUCUUCCCACCCCCGCCCUCCUCGGCGGUCUCUUCGGCAUCUUCAGUCCCGGCAGCCGCCCCAGCGAGAACCCCCAACCCAUCGGCUAUCGCGACACCUUCGAUGGUAACGACAUCUAUCGUACUUCAGCUGUUCGUAGCACCAUCCCCGUGGCGCCGCAAGGCUUUUCUCAGGCCGAAAGCAAGGUUAAGACACCCAACCUAAAGAGCCCAGUGCCUAGGGAUGCCUACCCAUCUCGAAUGCAGUCUAGAGUCGAGGGCGUUGUCAAGGCUCUUGGUGCCAAUGGCUUGAAACUCCGUUCGUCUGCAACCAAUGUUAUUCCCACUGACCCGGAGAAUGCCUCGUCUUCAAAUGUUAAACCGCCAUCUCUAGCUCGUCGCGCUGAGUCAUGCUCCUCUGGCUACACCUUGGCCUACUGCCGGAGAGUCCUGAAGGCGGGCGACGAUUUCAUCCCGACACUGCUCGCAAUGAUGAAAGAGGACACUUCGGUUACUGGCCCAGUGGGCUUGUCCUGCGGCUCGGCUGCCAAGACCUCUGAAUACUCCUACCCCCUGUGCUACAAGAAGAUGGGAAAUGGCGUGGCCCUGGAUUGCCAGGAGGCCACUAUCAACUCCCUCAAUUAA